GGACGGACACUCUGAGACACCGGCAGCGUGCAGCGGGACCCGCUCUGUGCUCCGCAAUGUGCCGCGAACGGGACUGAAGCGCUCGGACGGCAGUAGAAGCAGUGGAGAGUAGUGGGGAGCUCCGUACCCAGCGACGCCGCAUGUGCUCGCCCGUGUGCGGCUUGGGAAACUUGCAGUGCCCCGUCCACCGGAGGGAAAGAAAACAAACAAGAGGGAAACUAACACAAUCUGCGGCUGCGAUUCAAACCCCUCUGCACCGGGUUCGAGCUCCGGGGACCCGCCGCAGCAGCAGCAACACGCCGACCUCUGCCUCCUCUCACAUGCCUGCGUUGAUGUGUGGGAGCGAGGGAGGGGAGCGGAGCCGGGGGGGUGUUUGAGUCAGCCCGCGGAACUUCCACAGGCACCCCGAGACACGUUGAGGACAGAAAAAGUUAGUUGUUAGACUGGAAGUGAAGGAGACAGCGGUGGACAUGGAGGGACAAGCGACCGAGGAGGACCAGCAGCAGCAGCAGCAGCAGCAGCCAACGACUCCUCCGCCGCCGCAGCAGCAGCAGCACCAGCCGCCGCAGAGCUGCUGCGAGGACGUGCGGAAGAGCGGCUACCUCCGCAAGCAGAAGUCCAUGCACCGGCGGUACUUCGUGCUCCGCGCCGCCUCGGAGCGCGGCCCGGCCCGCCUGGAGUACUACGAGAGCGAGAAGAAAUUCCGCGGCAAGGCCCCCGUCCCGAAGCGGGCGGUGGCGCUGGAGACGUGCUUCAACAUCAACAAGCGGGCCGACGCCAAGAACAAGCACAUGAUCGUGCUGUACACGCGGGCCGAGAGCUUCGCCGUGGCCGCGGAGAACGAGUCGGACCAGGACGAGUGGUACCAGGCCAUGGUGGAGCUGCAGUGCAAAAGUAAGAACCUCUCCGACACUGCGGCAGCGGGGGACUACGGCGUGCCCAAUCCUGGGCCUGCGUUCAAAGAGGUUUGGCAGGUGAAGGUGUGGCCCAAAGGCCUGGGUCAGGCCAAGAACCUGGUGGGCAUCUACCGCCUUUGCCUGACCGACAAGACUGUCAACUUUGUCAAGCUCAACUCCGAUGCUGCUGCUGUGGUGCUGCAGCUCAUGAACGUCAGACGCUGCGGCCAUUCAGAAAACUUCUUCUUCGUCGAGGUGGGACGCUCCGCCGUGACAGGCCCUGGCGAGUUCUGGAUGCAGGUGGAUGAUUCGGUGGUGGCCCAGAACAUGCAUGAAACUUUGCUGGAGGCGAUGAAGGCACUGAGCGAGGAGUUCCGCCAACGCAGCAAAUCUCAGUCCAACUCGGGCCCUGGAGGAGGUGCCACUGCUUCAAACCCCAUCAGUGUUCCGUCACGCCGCCACCACCCAAACCCUCCUCCCAGCCAAGUGGGCUUCACCCGCCGGCCCCGUACUGAGCCUCCUGGAGGCACUAGCUGUGGAGCAGGAGGCAACAGUGCCAAUGCUUCUCCAACCCCAAGGGAUAUCUUCCCGAGGUCUCGCACUGCCAGUGAUUGUGGGAAAGGUGAGGAUGGGAUAACUGGGACCACACCGCUCCAGGGACCAAGCUCCAGUCCCUCCAUCAAUGGCUCCUGUUCUACCACCCCAAUCCUCAGGUCGAAGUCAGUCCGUUCAGCCCCCAACUCAGCUGCUAAAACUCCUCUUGGGCUGAUGCGCUCCAUCUCCACCCCGGCGCCCUCCCCCGCCCAAAGCCUCUCAUCUAGCUCCGGGCAUGGCUCUGACUUUGGAGGUGUAACAUCUCCUGCUACUACUGGUCCGGGAUGUGGAGCCUAUAGCCGUGUUCCCAGCCAUCAUGCCUCCGUUUCUGGCUCACCCAGUGACUAUGGCUCUUCAGAUGAAUAUGGCUCUAGUCCUAGCGAUCACACGCUCCUUACCUCCCCAAGUCUCCCUGGAAGCUCUGUAGGUAGCGUCAUCAGCCAAUCCCUUGAUGAUGAGGGAGCCAACUACAUCCUGAUGGGCCAACGUAGUGGUGGGGGAAGUGGUAGCAACAGCAAUCAAGGAAGCUUGACGUCCAGUUCCGUGCCAGCCCCAGGAACUCCGCCCUGUGGCUCCCAGUCCCAUACCAGGAGAGUGCUGCGUCGCUCGUCAAGUCGUGAAAGUGAAGCUGAACGAAGGCUGCUGAGUAAACGGGCUUCCUUACCUCCUAUGGCUCUGGAGAGGUUGGCCCCACAUCAGCGUAGAGCUGAGGAACCAGCAGAUGAAGAUUCAGCCGAUUAUGCCAUCAUGUCAAGGAGCACCAGCCGUGAGUCCUUCACUUCCUCCUCCUCCUCCACACAGAGGGAAUCUGUCAUUGGGGCUGGUUCAGCAGGGGGAGGAGGAUACUUGGAUGUGGCCGAGUUCAAAAGUGAAGUGAGUGGAGGAGCAGGUGGAGUAGUAGACAAUGGGUAUAUGUCCAUGUUGCCUGGUGUCACUCAGCCUCCAGAAUCCCUGUUCCAGUCUCUGGCUGUCUCUGUCCCAGACUCAGAUUCUAAACCUGCUGAUGAUUACAUGGCUAUGACCCCUAACAACAGUGUGUCCCCUCCACAGCCAAUCCGGCCUCCACCAACUUCUGACGGCUAUAUGAUAAUGUCCCCCAACAGCAGCUGUUCACCUGACCAGCGUGGUGGUCUCGCUGGAGGAGCUUGGAUGGGCAGUGGCAGUGCAGACAGCAGGGCAGGCAGUGACUAUAUGAACAUGUCUCCUAUCAGCGCUCGUUCUGUCAAUGGCAGCCCUCCACCCCCUGAACACACUGCUCAUUUGGAGACCAGUUCUCAACAACCAGCCCCCAAGAUGGUUUAUUCCUACUAUUCGCUUCCCCGGUCAUACAAACAUAACCCCUCUGCUGGACACUUUGACGAUGGGCCAGGACGAGGCAGAAGGCCCAAUGGGAGUUGUAGUAGGGGAAUGAGUGGAGGUAGGACGAUGGGAGUGCGUCAGGAGCAACCAGCAUCAGGUAACUCAGCGGUGGGACGCCACCUGUCACUCUCAUCUUCCUCAUACUCUUCUAGCUCGGCUAGCAGCGAGAGCCUUGGGGAGAGCGAGGACAGAGCUGCCCAGUCAGUGGCCGGGGGAACUCAGUCCAAAGAUGGAAUUAAGCUCCAGCAGAGACGGGGCUCCAGCGGGUUGUCCAAGCAGGGUAACCACACUAGAAACAGACCAGUGAGUCUGUUUGUGGAUGUUUCUAAAGCUAAUACCCUUCCUAGAGUCCGUGAGAAUCCCCUGCCCCCAGAACCCAAGAGCCCUGGAGAGUAUGUAAGCAUUGAGUUUAAGGGGGAGAGGUGUGGCCAGACUGGGGUUGGAGGAGGACGUGGCCGCGGUCUCAGGCAUGGCUUAUCACUGCCUCAUUGCUCAAUCAGCCAAAAUCCUCAUCACAGGACAACUUCUUGCCUAGGUAACUAUGUCCCGCUCUCCCGCAGCCCCUCUGCCCCCAUCACUCCCCCAGCUGCCUCUGAAUAUGUCAACAUGGACUUAGGCCCUUCUCCGUCCCCCUCACCUCUCUCUCUUAACCCAAUAGUUUUCCCAUCUUUCCACACCCCUCCCACGCCUCCAACUCUUGCUCAUGCCCCCAAAUCUUGUGAUGAGGGUCCUAGUGUCCCUCGUGAAGAAAGAGCCGAAGUAGCCGAGGCCCCACUUAGAAAGACCAGAGAAAGUGCUUCCUCAGUGUCUGAGUCCGUGUCCCCUAUAUCCUGUGGAGACUACACAGAGAUGGUCUUCUCCUUAAAUAGCAACAUUGUCCCUAGGUCCUCAUCCAGUGUCUCUCCCAAAGCCCCUUCCCCCACCAGGACUGAUCCUUCUGUUCCAGUGUUGUCCCGGGGUCUAGAAUUCUCCCUUGCAAAACCAGGACUCAAUCCGGACCACGGGGCUAAAGUUAUCCGUGCCGACCCCGGAGGACGCCGACGUCAUUGCUCAGAAACCUUCCUUGCCGCGCCUUCCCUCCCCACCUCCACCUCCACUUCCUCUUCGUCCACUGCCUCCCUAUUUCCAGAGCACACCCAGGCUGUGGCCCGUCGGCUGGGCUUUGAAAGCGUGCUGUGGGGGAACGGUGCUGCGAAUGAUACCCCCACCCAGUGCCCCCUCCCUGGACAACAGUCCCUUACCACAAACACUCAGACUUCAUCCACAGAGCAAGGUCUUAACUAUAUUGACUUGGACUUGGUCAACAAAGAGAGCCCCCAUUUGGGCCUGGAUGGACCCUCAGGUAGCCAGGCCCCUUCUCGCCUCUUCUCCGUACUGGGAGUAGGUUCUGGGAUCGGGGGAGUGGGCGCAGCAGUCGGCAGCAGCAGCAGCAGCAGCUCCAGCCUCAAUACGUAUGCCAGCAUUGACUUCUACAAAUCAGAGGAGCUGAGGACACAUCAGAAUGGAAACAAGGAGGGAACAGAGUGCUGAUGUCGGAGCGUCGUCCUUGGGGGGGAAACAAUCUGGUACCACUCACCUCGAAGCCCCGCCCCUGCUCCUAUCCGUGUAACCAAUUGCAUUAAAGGAGCAACUGGAUCGGACACGCCCCCCCCUCCCCGAUGAAGCACUUUGACAGAGACCGAUGGAAAAGGGUCUUUUUUUUUUUUCUUCGCUUUCAUCCGGUUGGUUUACGGAAACCAGCGGAGAUGUGUGCCAAAUGACAUUCUUGAAAAGAUUCUCGCUGCUCUCAUUCGUUGAGUGAAAGCCAAUCAGAGAAAGGUACAAAAAUGGAGAAAACAUCCAAUCAUAUAGAGUUCAAAGGUGGCUGAUUAUCAUAUGUAUGAGAAAGACAAUAUAUAUAUAGAGCUAUUUACAGUAACUGCUAAAAAAAAGUGCCUCAUUUUCAGACUGUAGCUGUUUUGCAAUGAACUUUCAACUUAGCCUUGACUAAGUUCAACUUUGGGUUCUUUCUUUGUGCUUCAUUUGAUGUAGUUUCCCCAAAUAUGCAGAGGAACAUAUUGAAAGUGAAACGCACUUAAUGCCGCGUUAAUGUCACAUAGGAUCCAUGGUACGUUGUCCAUGUAACACUAUCCGUUAAAUUUAGGGGGACCGUGAAUGAAGGGCUUUGGCUGAUGUGAGGCAUCAUCUAUUUUUAUGGAUUAUUGGCACUUCUGUUUAAUUUGGAGCCAAUUUUUUUUAUAAAUAUUCAAGUUUCCCCUAUUCAUGAGUAAAAGGAUGCUCAGAGAUCUCUUCCCUCAUAUUCAGCCUAUGUGUUAAAGAAAGUAAAACCAAACGUAUCCGCUCCAAAAUAAAAUGGGUUCUUAGUUCUUAGUCCCGUUUUUUAAGCUGAUGCUAAUGACAACGUAGCAAACGAUGGAUCUGUUGUGACCUGAACGCGGCAUCUGCGCUAACAUAAAUUAUACUAUGGUACUAGCAAUGCUACAGGACCUCCUGUCUACUGUGAGAAAUAUUAGCAUAGCGACUGUCGGCUAGCUGCUCAUUGUAACGUGCGUCACUUUUAUUCUGUCCGUCUCCCUUUUCUUUCCCGUUUAACUUUUCGAACCAGAGCCAUACACACCGACAGUAUUACACACACUAGGCUUGAAAACAAAAGGGGCUUGUCUGUCAGCAUUGACACUGUCCUGCUCGCUCUCCGAAGGCCUCCAGCUCAGAUUAAGAUAUUACCACCAUGCCAGGGCGUGAAUUCACCAACCUGCUGACCAGCUCAGGGUGAGACCCCUGCCACAGAGCCAAGCAAUCCCAUUAGCGCUAUUAGCUCCAUACGUGCGUGUCCCACUUAAUCCCCUUUGUCUCAGGAUGCAAAAUAACAUAAGGUGUGUACAGUGGGGAUAGAGACCCUAUCUAUAGCCAUGCUAAUGCUAGCUUUGUAGCAGUCAGCACACUGCUUUUAGCACCGGAAAGGGGCUUAGCUGUUAUUUCUACGAUGUCAGUUUAUAGAAAUUCCUAAUUUGUUGUCCUCACCAAAAGUUUAUGAAGUGGGUUUUUACACUUUUUAAUUUGUUUUAAUCAGGUUGACUUUAAAAUACUUCGUUCCUAAAUCCUUUAAAGGUUCGGUGUGUUAGAUUUAGGUGAAAGGGAUCUAUUAGAAGAAAUGGAAUUUUAAUUACUAGUGUGUGAUCACCAAAUUUGUGUAAAUUGUUUUAUUUUUUUACCCAGUAAAGGACCAUUUAUAUUGAAAUACUUUAUACUUACCUCUCUACGGAGGCUGCCAUGUUUUUUACCGUAUCCCAGACUAGACCAACUAAACAUCUUCUGAGUUUUUAUGACAACUGAAGGCUACCACAGGGUCUCUUUCAUGUUUGGAAGGGGAUAUUCAGCUGCAACAUGCAACUUCACCACUAGAGGUCACUAAAUCCUACACACUGAACCUUUAAUUCAAGACUUCCGAUCUCCUCCCGCCUCCUCUGUCUUUGCUUAUGGGUCUUACUUUAAUCUCCGCUAUGCAUCAGCACUUAAGUGCCUGUCUGUCCUGUUUGCCUGCCAGUCUCUCUGCCCCGCCUUAGCAGCUAGCACUAAUAGGGCUGUCCUAGCAGAAUAUAUCGAGUCUAUUUUUGUGUCUAUUUUUGUCUCUUUUGACUGUACAGUUCUAAAAAAAAAUAAGAAAAAAAAAUGUACUUGUUGGUGUUUGUUCAAGUGUGACGGUGAUCUAUCAGAUGACUCGACCGACAGCCAUGGCCCCGAUCGGUGGAGUUUUGGACUGUUUUACAUUUUGUCGGGAAUCGUUGCGGGGCCACCAGUGCCAAAUCGCAACAACAACAAAAGACUCAGCUGUCCUCCUCUCCGACAGCACCUCGAAAAGCAACCUUCAGCUUUCAAGUCUGGACGUAUUGCUUUGUAUUGUUUUAACGACGUAACCUUUUUGUGUUUCCCCCCCAUGUUUUUAUUUUGCAGUGUGGGGGGGGGGGGGGGAGAGAGAACUGUGACAUAUCUCCCCUCGCAGUCUGCUGAUGUGACUCCGGGAGAUAAAGGUCAUCAAGGAGACUUGCGUAUGCUUUAUCCUUGGAUAUUCUUAUGACUUUAACCAGAGCGUCAGAAGAAAAAAAAAGAAAUGCAUGAAGAGAAAGACGAGGCCACCGUGAAAAAAAACCACAACAAAAUGUCUUCAUGUCUAAAUACAUCUACGUAGCUCUUUAGUUUGUGCUCAUGUGUUUAUCUGCCUGCUGUGGGAAGUUCAUGAACUUUCUCACUCUGGUCACAUAACUGUCGGCGUCCCCAGAGCAAAACAACGCUGCUUAAUUACAUGCAGAUUGGGAUCUGUGGUCGGACUUGCCCCAUAAUAGUGGUUAGCAAUGCAGAAAUGGAAAAAACAAUUGGAGUCAAACACAUGAAAA